GGGGAUUAGGGGAAAUACAUACAGGAUUUGAAUGGAUAUCGGUUAAUAUAAGGGGUAUGAUAAAAAUAUUUUUUGGUCUCAAGAGAUACUCUAAGCUAGAUCUGACUGAAGUUGGAUAAAAUUUAUCAAAUUAUAAUUUUAGAUUAGUGCUAUGAUUGUCGAGAAAUCUGUUAAUGAACACAAACAAGUUAAUUUACUUAUAAAAAUGGGUGAAUAUCAGAAAAGAAUUAUGCAUGCCUUUAAUGAUGUAAACGAGAAUCUGCUCAGUGGCUUGAUUUAUUUUGAGGAUAUUAUACUUUCCGGGAUUAAUAUUUUCGAUUAUAUUGAAAUGUUUUCGCCAAAUCCUCCUCCAAUUUCUCGAGAAGAAAUGCUUAGCCUGGAGUUGGACACUCAAGGUGACGGACUAUUUAAUAAGAGGACAUAUAAAUGUGUUCUUGUUGAUCAACUCAUAUGUGUUGCUAUUGCAAGAUCUAUGCCUUUCUUUGAUAAGUUAUCUAUAGCUGAUAAGGUCGGCCGAUGA